AUGCUUUCUGCUGCUGCUGCUGCUGCUUCACGCAACAGCAGCGGGUCCCUAGGCCAUCCUUUACCCGAUUGUUCAGAGGAGGCAGACAGCUUAGAGACCCUCACAGGAGGUUGGGUGUCGCAGAGCCUUGAUCGCCCCUGCUCUUCCACUUCUACCUCAGCAGCAGCAGCAGCAGCUGCUGCUGCUGCUGCUGCUGCUGUGGAGGCGGGUGAUGUGUUGAUCGGUCGCAACACCUUCUUGCAGCAGAAAGAUAUCUGCCGCAUGUCUAUAGAAUGCUUAGGCUGUAUAAAGCCGUCUUGGAGAGACUCACCUUUAGGGGGGGUUCAGGGUCUUGCUUAUUACCGUCAUAUCCGUUUUGUUGCUGCUGCUGCUUCUUUUGAAGAGCUGCACCCCUACUUAGACGCAUUAGAGCCGCUGUUUGCUGCUGCAGGCAGCAGCAUCAGCACCUGUCCUGCCCUCAAGGUGGCGGUAGAAGAUGUGCUAGCCAAGUGCAUGCUGCAGCAGCAGCAGCAGCAACAGCAACAGCAACUCCUGCUGCACCACCACGAAGAAGAAGAAGACCCUGAGGCGGAUCAUGCAGCUGCUUCUUCCCCAGCGGCAGCAGCAGCAGCAGCAGCAACAGCAGCGGCAGCAGGGGGGAGCGCAGCUAUCAUCGAUCAGGUUUGUCUUAAGCUUGAUGAUUUACACUUCUUUCUUUCUUUCAGGCUCCGCUAUACUCUGUCUCCAGACCCUCCGGUUUCUCACUUGGUUCUUGACGAUCCUCAGCCUGCGCCUAAGAGGGAUCCCGUCCCUCCUGCUGCUCCUGCUGCUGUUGCUGCUGCUCCUGCUGCUGUUGCUGCUGCUCCUGCUGCUGCAGCAGCUGCUGCGGCUCACAUGGCAGGCACCCACAGCAGCACCACCAGGAGGCAAGUGCAGCAGAAGAGGAAGCUCCACAGCGGGCAACACCUCGAAGAUGAACCCUGCACACCCCCUCUUGCAGCUUUAACAGCGCCAGCAGCAGCAGCAGCAGUAGACUCGGGGAUGGACACGUUGGGUACGCGGUGCAGCAGCAGCAGCAGCAGCAGCAGCAGUAGGCGCGUCUCAUUAAACUCUCCUCCUGUUGGGUGGGGGUUACCUGCAGCAGCAGCAGUAGCAGCAGCACCAACAGCAGCAGCAGGUGAUUGGCGCAGCAGUGCAAAGGGAGGAGGCGGCGGCUCUUCUCCUUUUGAAGACGGCCUUGCAGCACCAGGCUCCCCACAGGCAGCAGCAACAACACCAGCACCAGCAGCAGCAGAAACUGCUGUUCCGCCUGUAUGGCCUUUAGAAGGGACUCCGCCUCCUUCUGCUGCUGCUGCUGCUGCUGCUUUUUUGCCUCCUGUCUCUGGAUUCUGCGGUGCUGCUGCUGUCAAGGGUCAGCCGCCAACAGCAGCAGAAGAGGAGCCUGCAGCAGCACGUCUUGCUGCUGAGGAGGCUCCUGUUGCUCCUCUUGCUGCUCCUUUCUCGAUGCAGCUGCCCUGCUCACAGCAGCAGCAGCAGCAGCAGCAGGGUCCUAUGUUUACCCAAGCGCCUACAGAGAGCGCCAGCUGCAUUUCUUAUGGAGACGAACUGCUGCAGCCCCACCGACAUUUAAGCCCUUUGCUGCCUUUCCAGGGUGGCGAGGAAGGGUUUGCUGCUGCAGCUGCCGACCAGCAGCAGCAGCAGCAGCAGCAGCCACAGCAACAGCAGCAACAGGAGCAACCGCAGCAACAAAAGCAGCAGCAACAACAGCAGAAGCAGAAGCACCAGAAGCAGCAGCAGCGCCAGUCGACCCCAAAAUCCCGGCGUUCCACUGCAGCAGGAGCAGCAACAGCAGCACAAGCAGCAACAGCAGCACAAGCAGCAACAGCAGCAACAAACAACACUUUACCCUCAACGCCGGCUCUGUCGCAGCAACAGUGCUGCGGCGAACUAGGGGCAGGAGGAGCAGCAGCAACAGCAACAGCAGCAGCAACAGCAGCAGCAGCUCCAGUUGCAGGAACCGAAGCAGCAACGAAGGCGGAUCCAGCAGCAGCAGGACCAGCGUCAGGAGGAACAGCAGCAGCAGGACAAGGGGGAGCUCCUGGGAAAGGUGCAUCAUCAUCAUCAUCAUCAUCAGCAGCAGCAGCAGCAGCAGCAGACGAUUGGUGGUUAGUGCCUCAGCCCCGCGAGGACCCUCCUUUAUCCGCAGCUGAGGUGGAGUUGCUGCUGCAGCAGCAGCAGCUUCCUGCUUGUCCAUCUGUAGUGUACGAUCGAAGUGCUUUUUGCUUCUAUGCUCUUUGGAGGCUAAGGGAUGGAGUAUUUCAGCGCCGCAAAUGUUUAAUUGAGCCCUUGGGGGCGAGAGAGGCGCACCGUCAAGCCGUGCAAACCCUCAUGAAGAUAGGGAGACGGCCUCCAGGGGUGGUUUAUGAUAGCCGCAGCCAGAAAUGGAGUGUCUGCGUUACGCGGCAUAACGGCAGACACCGCGCGUCUUUUUCAGUAAAAAAAUUCGGGUUCGAAGGCGCACAUCAAAAGGCACUUGACUGGUACGACGCGAAGCGAGUAGAGUUGGGGUUGCGGGAGGCUCCGGGGCAGACCGAGGUGGACAUGCAGUUUGCAAAUUUGCUGUCUUCUGACGAACUCCUUGCUGUUGCGCAGCAUGCACCAGAUGCUGCUCCUCCUGCAGGAGCUGCUGCUGCUGCUGCUGCUCCAUCGGCUACUAACCACCAACAACCCCACAAAAAGAAACAGCAGCAGCAGCAACAACAGCAGCAGCAACAGCAGCAGCAGCAGAACGUGCAGCAGCAGAAUCUGCAGCAGCAGAACCUUCAGCAGCAGAGCAUGCAGCAGCAGAAUCUUCAGCAGCAGAACAUGCAGCAGCAGAACCUGCAGCAGCAGAACCUGCAGCAGCAGAACCUGCAGCAGCAGCAGCAAACUGAACAGCAACAGCUUCUUCCCUUUCAUGACUACUCAACGCCUGUAGCUGUGUACACUCCAGACGUGGCAUUCACUGUAGCUCCAAAUGCAGAAGACCCUGCACGGCAGCAGCAGCUGCAGCUGCUGCUGCAGCAGCAGCAGCUUAUGAUGCAAAUGCAGCACCAGCAGCAGCAACAGCAGCAGCCCCAGCCUCAGCAGCACAAGCCGCAACAGCAGCAGCAACGCUCUGCGGAGCCCGCAGCAACAACUGGCAGCAAGCCACGGGCUCCCAAACGAUCUAAAGUAGCAUCGGGGGGCCCUGAAAUGAAACGGCGGGGUGAACCGAAACAUAAACAGUUGCCGGCAGCAGCAGCAGCAGCAGCAGCAGCAACAGCAGCAACAACAGCAGCAGAAGCAACUGCAGCUGCACCACCAACUGCAGCGCCAGCAGCAAAUCCUGCAGUAAGAGAAUUACCGCGUGCUACACUUCAACAGCUUAUGCAGCCGUUUGGAGCUAGCACGCAGCAGCAGCAGCAGCAGCACCAGAUGCAGCAGAUGCAUCAAAUGCCGCAGCAGGUGCAGCAGCAGCAGCAAAGACACAGUUUCUGUUCCGUUGGCAUAUCGGGGGAGCAGCACGCAACGCACAGCACUUAG